AUGUCGAAAAACAUAACGGACAUUGAAAAUUGGAAAGAUGAUUAUCCUUUCCUAGAUGCAGUUUGGACUACCUAUAAUGGAUUUGAUAAGGCUUUGGUUGAUGAUGAAGAUAAAAAUAAAUAUUCUGUAUUAUGUAAUCAAAUAAUAAAUCAAUCGAAAGGUGAUUUAAGGAUUCACACUGAUAUUUGUACGAAACUUAUGAGAAAUUUAGGAUAUUUUUCUAUAGAUUCAAAAGUUUAUCAGCUUACACAUGAGCGUUGUAAUAUUUUAUUCAACUGGAUAUAUAAAUCAAUAAAUGAAAAGAAAAUUACUGAUAAUAUUAUUAAUAAAUGUUUUGAAAUGUAUGAUUCACAAAUGAGUUCUAUGGGAAAUAAAAUAAAAUGUUAUUUUUAUUCAAAUAUUAAAAUUCAUGAACCAAUAAAUAUAACAUUAUUAGAUAUUUUUAAUGAUAAACUAUCUACUAUUAUAACUGCUUUAAUGAAUAAAGAUACUUCUAUUAGUACUAAAGGUCGAAAUUUCGUUUGUGAAUAUGUUAAGCUAUAUAAACGUAUGAAUGAUAAAUACUGUAUAGAUGGACGUGGAAUAAAUGAAGAAUACUCAAAUACAUGUUUAAAAUUAAAUCAGUUUAAGACGUCAUAUAUGUGGACUCUUUAUAGCAAAAGUGAUUUAAGUCCUAUUAUACCAUCAUUAGAUAAUAUAGAUAAGGAUUUAUUAGCUAAAUGCCGAAAACAUGAAAACAUAUUGCAAUUAUAUUCCAAUACCAAUGAAACUCAAUUGAGUUAUUCAGGAAAUAGUUUAUCUAAUGUUAAUGAAGGACAGAGUAAUUAUUUAGCAGAAGAUACAUCUAUAACUCCUAGAAAU